AUGGGUUCGAGGACGAAAGACAUGCCUCCAGGUCCCCCUACUGUACCCAUUCUGGGCAACGCUGGUAUAUUCCCGAAAGAGUUUCCUCACUUCCAGUUUACAGAAUGGGCCAAGCAAUACGGCGAUAUAUUCUCCCUGAAGGUGCUGAAUAAGACGAUCAUCGUUAUCAGUUCUCCGACUCUCGUGAAAGAAAUCAUUGAGAAGCGAAGCGCGUCAAAUACUAACCGACCGGCUUCGAUUCUGGCUGACAUGAUUACUCCAAACAACAUGAACCUCGGGACCGGUCAUUACGCCAAUGACACCUGGAAGAUCAUGCGCCGCGCAUCGAUGCAGCUUCUCAACAACGAAACUCUCAAGAAGCAUCGCCCGUAUCAGCAUGCGGAAGCCACCCAACUCAUGUGGGAUCUCGCUCAUGAUCCGGAGAACUGGUUCACUAAUAUCAAUCGCUACACCACCUCGUUUGCCCUCGGUAUCAUCUACGGCAAGCGUGCACCGCGAAGGCAAUCGCAGGACUGUGCUGCCUUCUUGGAGGUUCACCCGCAGUUCAUGCACGCCCUCGAGUUGGGCACUAUGCCUCCUGUCGAUCUCUUCCCGAUCCUCACCCUUGUUCCCGAGCGUUUCGCCGAAUGGAAGCGCACCGUCAAGCACAUUCGCAACUUGCACGAGACUCUGUAUUGGCGACUUCUGCGAACUGUGGAGCGGAGGAUCGAGAAGGGCCUCGCCACCGAUGUCUUCAUGGAGCAGGCGAUCAUAAACCGCAAGGAAUGGGACCUCGAUGACGACACGUUGCUGAUGAAUUUGGGAGGCACGCUACUCGAAGGUACCGAUACGACGUCCGGUACAAUGCAGGGUGUCGUUCUUGCACUCGUGUCGUUCCAAGAUAAGCAAAAGAAGCUUCAGGAGGAAAUGGACCGAGUCGUGGGUAGCGAGCGUCCACCAGCUUGGGAGGACAUUCCAAAUCUUCCCUACCUGCAAGCCUUCCUAGAAGAGUGCCACCGAUUCCGCCCCGUUGGGCCUCUUGGACUUCCUCACGAAAUGGGUGAAGAUGAAUGGGUCGACGGGAUGCUCUUACCCAAAGACUCGGUCGUCUUCAUCAACAUGUGGGCGAUUUCCCACGACCCACGUUACUUCGACGAUCCCGAGGAAUUCAUCCCGGAGCGAUUCCUUCAGAAUCCGCUCGGCGUGAAAGCCGGUGUUCAGGAUGACCCGGCUCGUCGUAAGAAUCUAAUCUUCGGAGGCGGGCGGAGGAUUUGUCCUGGUCUCGUCUUUGCGAACACGUCUUUGGAACUCAACCUUGCGAAUUUCGUCUGGGCGUUUAACUUCUUGCCCGAAAUCGAUCCCAAGACCGGCAAGGAAAAUCCUCCCAGUCUUUGGAACCACACAACGGGAAUCACCGCGAUCCCGAAACCAUUCAAAUGCCGCGUCGUUCCGCGCUCGACAGAGCGCGUAGAAAUCAUCGAUCGCGCGUUCGCGAAGGCGGCCGAGUUCCUACAGCCUUACGAAUUGGAGCUCGACGAGGAGGACCGCAAUUUCAAUAAGAUUUGGCGGGAUAGCAUUGAAUGA